AAAUUUUUAUUGGCUGGAGGAGUUUUGAGCCAUGGAUCCUGGGCCCCAUGACAGAUCAGCACAUGUGUUGGCAAGAUAGGAGAGGUAAAGAUAAUGUUUUAUGGAGUAAUUAUCUUUUUGAAACAGAAAGAGAUAAUGGCAGCUGGAAGAUAGGGGAGGAUCACAUUUAAAAAGGGGAUUUUAUCUGAUAAAGUCAAGGUGGCAAAAUCUGAAAGGGGAUUAGACUAGGUCAAAAGGUGAGGUGUCCCACUACUCCAACAAACUACCUAUGAUUGAGUAACUGCCGGCACAAAGAGGAACAAAAAGGGAACUUCUGCACAAAGAGGAGGACACGGCCAGCUUUACUCAAACAACUGCAACUUUUCAUACUUUGAUUUUCUCUGCACAUGGUUUUCAGAUUUCGGUUUUCAGCACAGAUUUCGUGUUUCAGCACAGAUUUCGUAUUUCAGCACAGAUUCCAUUAGAAUUAGGUUGUUUUUCCUUAUUCCAGUAGACAAAUUUAUUCCUAUAUUCAGUUAAAACAAUUUUCCUUCAUGCAAUGAACUUCAAUCCUUCAAGUUUAUGCAAGAAAUUCUGUUAAGAUGGAAGCAACUAUGGCAGGCACUGAAGAUCGGAUUUCGGAUUUCCCAGACGAAAUCCUCCAUCAGAUCCUAUCAUUCCUUCCUAUAAAAGCUGCAACUCAAACCACAGUGUUGUCCAGGAGAUGGAAACACAUAUUGGACUCUUAUCCUGUUGUUGAUUUCUCUCAAAGCUCCAUAUUUGGUCUUCGAUAUGAAUAUAUUCAGUCGCAGCUUGACUCGGAUUUUUCCCGAAAAGAAUGGCCUCAAUAUUGGGAAACUUUUGAGAAGUUUACAAAAAUUGUGGAUGACAAACUACAAAAACUUUGUGAAUACGGGAUUGGGAUCCAGAAAUUCAAGCUUUCCAUCGCUCUCGUGGAUCCAGAAUUUGAUUCCUUUUUUGACGAAUGGAUGGAUGUUGUCUCAGAAAAACAUGUCAGAGAGCUAGACCUCUUAAUAAUGGUGGGAGGUGGAGGUUGUUAUGUUUUGCCAGAAACAAUCUUUGCUUCCAAAUGCUUAACUGUUCUAAAGAUUUCGGGUUUCAACCUAACCUUAGUGCAUCCUGUUACGGUAGACCUUCAUUCUCUACGAACCCUGACUCUGAAGGGGGUAUAUCUUGAUGAAGAUAUGCUUCAAAACCUUAUUAGUGGAUGUCCUUUAGUGGAGGACUUGUGUCUUUCUUUCCGACGGGAGUUAAUGGGGGACUCGUGUGUUCCUUUCCCAUUCAGGAUAAAAAUGGUAAAUAUCUGUGGGCUCUUUAAGCUCGCAAAUCUCACCAUAGGGAUGCUAAGCCCUGGUCUUGUCCCUACUAUAAAGUUGUCUAGGUGUCAAGAUUUACGAAGAGUCUCACUACAUCAAGUUAAUCUAAAAUUUUGUGUGUUUAAUGAUGUUAAUUUCCCUCAAAUUGAGUUUAUAUCUUUAUCAAAUAUCACUUUUAACGAAGUGUGUAAGAUUUCCAGCUACAGACUCAAGACAUUGAUAAUAGAUGGUUGCCGGCGGGAAGAAGAAAAACUCAACAUUUUUGCACCAAACCUGAUUUCAGUUGAGCAUACAUAUCUAGUCCACUAUUCUAUAUUGGGAUUCUUCAAAUUCUUGGCAGAUUUGAAUGCUGACUGUAAUCUAAAAGUUUGCCUUUACUAUGUAAAUGGUAAUCUGCAUAUUCCAUGGUACAUCGGGCUGAAGGAGCAUCUACAAAAGCAAAAACAAACCAAAACUCUAGAGGUGUUCUUCGGACAUCCUUGCGAGAUUGUAUUUGAUUGGGAAGAAGCCGAGAAAAGCAAUUGUCUUUUGCCACCACAUGCCCUUAACUGCUUGGUCCUUAAGUGCAUGAGUCUUAAGAUACUUUCAUGUUUAGAUUUCAAUGCUGUUAUGGAUAGUUUCUUCUGGUGUUGUCGUCCUCAAGUCCUAUCUACUCAUACUCAACCAAGGCGUUUCAUAAAGUUCCUAUUCAAGACGUUGAAGAACAGAGAAAAUGAAGGCUGUUGCAGUUCAAGUGAGAUUAAAUGUUGGAGGCAUGAAGGCUGCUGCGGUUCAAGUGAGAUCAAAUGUUGGAGGCAUUCCUUGAAGAAGGUGAGCGAUGUUGUUAUAUUCGAGUACAAAGGGAUUGAAGAAAAGAUGCCUCUUUGCUGGGAUACUUUCAAAAAAACUGCACCAGAGAAUUGGGCAAUAAGGUCUGAAGAAAGUCAGAACUAAGCAAAACAAUACUUUUGAAUUGUCCUGGUCCUGGUUUAUUUUGUUUUGAAUUACUUAACGUGCGUUUUUUCUUCCUCUCUGUCUAUUGAAAAUGUCCAACAUCUAAAAAGUGGUGGAAAUGGUGGUUGGGAGUUGCACAUUUUAUAGUAAUAAGAUAAAAAUGAAAACUAAGA